GGGAGGGGGGUUACUGAGAUGCGGGAAGUUGGGGCUUUGGCGUUGGGGGGAGAGGCAGGAGGGGGGCCUGGGAUCCAGGGGGGCUGUAAUUUUCCCACCCUGUCCCAUCGCCGUGAUGCCACUGGGAUGGAGACGUAGGGGGCCAGAUCCUUUCUGAACACAGCCCCCUCGGAGACUCAGAUGACAGCCUGCACACCACCCCUCCACCAAAUGCUCCUUCCCAUUCGUGCAAUAGGUAUUCACUGCACACCUACUGUGCGCCGGGCACUGUUCUAGGGGCUGAGGAGACGGCCAUGAACGACACAGCGAAAAAGUCACGUCCGAGUGUGGAAGUUUCCUGAGCCGAUGACAGGGCACCUCAGCACCCCAGUGGGUCCCGGGGGGCCCGGGCUAAACCUCCAGGGGUCGGAGGGAGAAGACUUGGAGCUGGGACUCCAGGAACCCCAGCCUCCGCUCCGUCCCGGUCACCCCUGGAACUCUGUAAAUCCUUUUCAUCCUCUGGCCUCAGUGGGCCAGUCUGCACAAUGGGGAGAGGGGUUGGUCCCAGGCAGACGAUGGACCUUGAAGAGGCCCCGAGCUCCCUCACCCCUUCGGUCCAGUUGGGGUCCUGGGGACGGGUUGUUUUUACGGAAUCCGAGCAUCCUUGGGAAUUUAGAAGAUCUGGGUUCCCGCCUGCGAGUAUGGUCCUCAUCACAGAUGGAGACAGGCAGGUGCCCCAGGGCCGGGGAGGCGGCCGAGGAUGCUCAGGGAGUGAGAGUGGGGGCCGAGGGAGGCGUCCUGACGUCUGGUCCCUGCUCCACAUCACUCUGGGGCUCCCAUCUUCCCUCUCCCUCUGCCUCCCACUCCGCCGUCCAGGGAUUCCUCCCCGCCAGCCCCUGACCUUGUUUACGUGAUCUUGCUCCCCGCCGGGUGACGGGGGAGGGAGGGCAGUCUGGGACGAAUCCUUAAACUCCUCCCCGAGCCGGCUCUCUAGGGACCUCGCCCCCAGGGGAGGAAGUGGGGCCGCCUGAGAACCGGCCCGGUCGCAUCAGCCCCUCUGCGGGCUGCGGGAACUCGCGUCAGCCCCCGGCCCCACCUCCGGGCCUCGGGGUGUCAGCUGCCUCUGCAGAGGACGUGCGCUCUCACGCCGGAGGCAGCAAUAAUAACACUAAGAUCUGGAGAGUAUUAAGGGCUGUUUAUUGCGCGCUUACCACGUGACUGGCGCCAUUCGAAGCACUUGGCAUAGUUCGAUCACUCUGUUUUUAUGUACAAGAUUCCCAGGCAAGCCUCCUAACAACUCCAUAAGGGGAGGGCUGUGAGGAUUCCCAUUUUGGAGACGGGAAUGCUGAUGCCCAGAGAGGUUAAGUCACUCGCCUAAUAGCACACAGCAAGUAAAGGGCGGAGCUGGGAUUCCAACCCAGGUCUGUAGGAUACAAGGCCAGUUUCUUCUCUAACCUGCGGGGGGAGGUGUAUUUGGGACUCGCUAGCCCUAAUCAGGGCUAAUUUUAAGAGCCUCCUUUGGGCGGAGAAGCCACCUAAGUACGUGACGUCACGAAGGAACGCGGUGACAUCAACCGAAGCGGGCGUGGGAACCCAUCAACGCUCCCGCGAGCAGCCGUUUAACGACACUGCCCCCCGACCGCCUCACUUCCGCCGCAUAUUUGCAUAUUCAGCGAACGGCCGUUGGGGCGUCAGCGUCGACGCGGUGACGUCAGGAAGCGCCCCUGCCGCUCCCCGCCCCAAGCGUACGCACGUACGCACGCACGCACGGCGACGAGGGGGCGGGGGAGGAGGAAGAGCGCGGAGGUGCCCCGCCCAGUGAGCAAGGUUGCGCGUGCCCCUUGCGGCCGCCAAGAUGGUGGUGGGCGCGUUCCCUAUGGCGAAGCUGCUAUACCUGGGCAUCCGGCAGGUCAGCAAGCCGCUUGCCAACCGCAUUAAGGAGGCCGCCCGCCGAAGCGAGUUCUUCAAGACCUAUAUCUGCCUCCCGCCGGCUCAGCUGUACCACUGGGCGGAGAUGCGGGCCAAGAUGCGCAUCCUGGGCUUCAACGCCGAAGCCGUCAAGCCGCUGAACGAGGAGGCGGCCGCCGAGCUGGGCGCCGAGCUGCUGGGCGAGGCCACCAUCUUCGUGGUGGCCUGCAGCUGCCUGGUGCUGGAGUACCGGCGCCAGCAGACGCAGCAGCGCCGCCAGGAGAGGGAGCGGCGCGCCGCCUUGGAGGCAAUGCGGGACGAGGUGGACCACCUGGCGCUGGCGCUCGAGGCUCUGCAGGCGCGGGUGCAGGCGGCGCCGCCGCAGGGCGCCCUGGAGGAGCUGCGGGCGCAGGUGCAGGAGGUGCGCGCCCAGCUCCGCGCCCGGGACCCGCCGCCCGCGCCCCCGGCGGCGCCCUCGCCCGCGGAGUAGGAGGCCCUGGUCUUGGACUUGACUGUUGUCUGGGCUGCGAGGUCCCCGACGUGGCCUUCUCUCCGCACUGUCCCUUCCCCAUGGCCCAGCUAAUACCACCAGGUCCCUUUAGGCGCAGAAGGGAUCCUGAACUCGGGCUGAUCCAAUCGGGCUUUUGGUCACCUCCCUACUAACCUGCCCAGUGGUACCUUCCGCUGGGACUCCCCCUCCCACUAGUGGAAGGUUCCGACCGGCGCCCCCUCCUCCCUAGUGCGCUGGUUGAGCACUUUGGAAUGGAAAAGCAGUGUCUUCCUCUGGAGCUCGCCCACCCAGCACUAAGGGGGCCAGCAGGACGCACGGACCUAGCCAACUCGCCUCCUGUCACUCACACCUCCACUUACUUGAGGAGUGGUCCUCUCCCCAAGACGCUCAUCCGUCACCCCAGGACACCCGUUCCUGAUCGGUACAGACCAUUGUAAUGAAAAAAAAUGCGGAAUCUUCCAUUGGACCUCCCGACCCCAUCGCCUUCCAUCUGCCUCACUGUUUUGGCGCGUGGGGAAGAGACGGAUGGAUGGAUGGAUCUUGGAAGGCAUUAGCUCCAAUGACACCCUGCGGCUCCAGCCUUUAGUCCACCAUUGGUACCUCGACUGAGGUGCUCCCCUCGCCCAUCACCACCUGUAGUCUGUGGCAUAACCCAGUGGGAAGGCUGGGCAGGGGUUUCCCGUGCAGUCCCGCCAGAUCUCCCCGCUUUGGUGGUCUGUUCCAGCAGGACUUGGCCCUUUGGGGUGGAAAAAUUGGGCCUGCCUAGGGCUGAGCCAUUCUGUAUUUUGGUCUCAGCCCCGUUUACCUGUCCAGAAGUUCCGGACCUACUGCUGUCCUUUCCCACUGUCCGCCAACCCCGCCCCACCCCCCCCCGGCCUCUCAUAGGGACCCACUUGUUCCCCCACUACAUGGGUCACUGUCCCCUCCCUUCCAUCCAGACUUGCUGUUCCGAGUACUCAGGGAUCCUCCUUCCUGCUUGCUCUUGGACUGGUCGCCCAGUCCCCCCUCUUACUCUCCUUCAGCCCCCUCACCCUCCUUGUGCAAAGGCUUCCUCCAGUGGGACCACCUGCCCGUCAGCCCUGAAGUGCCCCACCCGCUCCGAUGGAAGAUUCCACCGGGCAGCGCCACCUCCCCACAUUCCCACUGAACCCCUGAAGGGGGUGUCUAUGAGCUCUGUGACGUCGGAAUUCUAUUUUUUUAGACUGUAAACGUUUUAUAAUUAAAGGAGCUCUUGGGUAAAGGGGUCGUCUUAAGAAGGUGUCUGAGAACUACGAGGUACGCCUGCCAUAUGGGUGCAAGCCUCAUUCAAAUUAGGAGAGGAGCCGGGAGGGUUCUGGUGGGAAGGGGGGCAGAGUCAUCCUAUGAGCCCUUUCCCAGAUGGGGAAACUGAGGCCCAUGGGAAGCAAAAGGACUUGCCCCAGGUCACGCAGUCAAUGCCGGACCCCUGGCUUUCUCUGAGCAGGUGAAUUGGUGGCAGAGGGUGGGAAGGUGUGAGGGUCGGCCUGGUAAGGGACACGGGGAGGGAGGCCGAGAGCGGGCAGAGACCCCCAGGCUGCAGGAGGCUGAAGGAACUGAGCAGGUGCAGGGUGGGAAGGAGGAAGACGCGGGGCCUCGAUGACUGGGGGAGGGAGGAGCACGCCCCCACCCUCAUCACAGCAACCCUUCAAAUCACUCCAGAAAUCUUAGCGUUUAUAAAAACUGGCAGAUUUAUUCCGCAGGGGCCCAUCUUCAAGAAGCUAAAGGUGAAGGUGCGAGAGGGGAGGUUCCCUCCCCUUUUCCUCGUUCCCUCCUCUUAUUUUCCCUAGGGGGUAAAAACGGCCUGGACCCCAAAACCUACCCAAAUAAAAAACCAAAAAA